AUGUCCUUUCCGCCGCCUCCAGGUCAGCAACCUUCAUCGCUUCCUCCGCGACCACCUCAGUCUACGAACACAGGUUCACAGUAUUCGAACAGCGGAUAUGGCGGGGGCUCUCGUCCCGGCGGCUUUGGUGCCGCUAUGGCUUUCGCACCUCGUUCCGUAGCCUCCCAACAGCCGUACCGCACUAGCAGUCCUGUCGUUGCGGCUCCGCCUGCGAUAACAAGCGGUUAUUCGACUCCAACUACUACCGGCUACGGCAGCUACUCUCAACCGCAGCAAUCAUAUCAAGCUGGUCCUUCAUACUACGGUGCGUCGCAGUACAACAAUGCCGGUACAACGUACGGUCCCGCGAUUCCUCACAUUCAGAACCCGUUUGCGCCGUCGGGAAAUGACCAAAAUCGCGGACGGAACUCCGGGCUCGAUCCCGAAACCGAAGCACAAAUUGCGCAGUGGCAGAGCGCCUAUGCCAACAAGGAUGACAUGUCUUCUAUGGGCAGAGGCACCGUUCGUCGAGAGGGAGCUACCAGUACACCUGGCGCUACCACUGUCUACACCUCGUCCGGCACCACACCCACUACCAAUACACCUCCCGUGGGGUCAGAGACACAAAAGACCGUUGCCCGCUCCGGUGGCGGUCAAAAUUGGAAUGACUCGACGCUGCUCGAGUGGGACCCGGCUCAUUUCCGUCUGUUUGUCGGUAACCUUGCGGGCGAGGUCACCGACGAUUCUUUGUUUAAGGCAUUUGCAAAAUACACAUCCGUUCAGAAGGCACGUGUGAUCCGCGACAAACGCACACAGAAGAGCAAAGGUUACGGAUUCGUCAGUUUCAGCGACGGCGACGACUACUUUUCAGCCGCAAGAGAAAUGCAGGGCAAGUACAUUGGCUCGCAUCCAGUUCUCCUCCGUCGCGCAACGACCGAGAUCCGACCGGUAUCCAACAACAAGAAUAAGAAGCAUGGUGGAAAGGGCGGCGGUGGUAAUCAGGGCUCCAAGGUGAAGCACGACGGAAUCAAGAAGCCUGGAAAGACCAAGGGGGGGUUGAGGAUCCUGGGUUGA